AUGCAAGAAGAGAUGAAAGUCCUCUCCCAGAAGUACAACCCGCAUAAGACGUCCGCGAGAAGGAAAAACCCUCGUAACGACAGGUAUGUCCACCACGAGGGAGAAGAUCUCCAGGGCGAGCAUAAUUACGCUAUCAACUCCGAACAGGGAAAGACUUCCGGAAAUACCUGGACCAGGAACCAGUUCAAGGAUAAUUCCUACUGCGAGUUCCACCAGACCAGAGGUCAUUCCACUAUGAACUGCAAGGUUCUCGGCGCAAGGCUUGCUGCGAAGCUCCUCGCCGGCAAAAUUUCGAAGGUCACAUGCAUAAAGGACCUCCUCCUGGAUUCCGAUCGCCCUCCCAAAACUGAUAAAGAGUCCCCCAAAAACGACACCCGCGAAAAUCAGUCGGGCGAGAAACGCAGAAUGAGGCAGGAUGACCGAGGAAACGACAGCAACCGUCGAAGGGCUGAGACGAGUUCAAGCUGGCUGGCUCGGUCCCCAACCGACGACGCCCCUAACGAUACGGUCGUCUUCGAAGAGCGGGAAACCAUCAGAAUCGACAAACUUCACUGCGACCCAUUGGUUAUCGAUCUGGUAAUCCGAGACUUGGAAGUGGGAAGGAUUCUUAUCGACACGGGAAGCACAGUCAACGUCAUCUUCCGAAAUACCCUCCGGAGGAUGAACAUCAAACUCGGAGAAGUCGUCCCGGAACCAAAACCUCUCAUCGGUUUGUCAGGUGCAACGUCAAUGACCCUCGGAUCAAUCAAACUCCCAGUAAUGGCUAAAGAGGUGACGGAAAUCAUUGACUUCGCGGUAGUCGAUAACCCGGCCAUCUGCAAUGUCAUCAUGGGAACUCCUUGGAUCAAUGCCAUGAAAGCGGUACCGUCGACUUACCACCUUGGCAUCAAGUUCCCAACUCCAAACGGAACAACGGUAAUCUGGGGAUGCCAGAAAUAG